UAUGAAAAGUGAAGCCCCGAAAGUAAAUAAAAAAUGCUCAAAAUAAUCACAUACAAAUCUCAUGAGUGACGAAGAUGCUGUGAAUGUGUUUGAUCUCCCAAUUUCCAAUUCGGCUAAGCUAAAACCUCAGGGAGAAAUACAAAAAAAUUCUUCGCUAUAGAAAAUUGAUCUCAAAUUUCUUCAGCUCCAAUUGAUCAGCUACAAUGGUGGUCUGUAAAUGCCGAAAGGCGACUAAGUUGUACUGUUUUGUACAUAAGGUACCUGUAUGUGGAGAAUGCAUAUGCCUUCCAGAACAUCAAAUAUGUGUGGUCCGAACCUACUCUGAAUGGGUCAUAGAUGGAGAUUAUGAUUGGCCUCCAAAAUGUUGUUCCUGCCAUGAUGUGCUCGAAGAGGCAACUGAUACUCAACCUAUCCGAUUGGGUUGCUUGCAUGUAAUACAUAAAAAUUGCUUCAUAUCACAUAUUAAAGGUUUUGCACCACACACUGCUCCAGCUGGAUAUGUGUGUCCUGCCUGUUCAACUGCAAUAUGGCCUCCUAAAAGUUUCAAAGAUUCAGGAUCUCGUCUUCAUUCAAAACUGAAAGAGGCAAUUCUGCAGACUGGUAUGGAGAAAAAUUUGUUUGGAAAUCAUCCUGUUUCAUUGCCAGCAACAGAUUCUCGAAGUCCUCCACCAGCUUUUGCUUCAGAUCCGUUGAAGCAAGUUUCUACAGCUGACUCUAGUAGUAAAGACAUUGAAGGAUACAUAGCUCCCCCUGCAACAGGUUCUGCCAAACCUUCGGCCAUAGACAUAGAUGACCCCAGCUCAGCUACUUCACCUCUGUCCAAUCAUGAGUCCAAUUUCAUUAAGAGCACAAGCCCACAUGGCCCUGGUGCUACUACACGAAAGAGCACGGUGCAAGCUGAUAAACAAAACUCUGAAGUUUCAUAUUAUGCUGAUGAUGAAGAUGGAAACCAGAAAAAGUACACAAAAAGGGGUUCAUUCCGACAUAAGCUUCUUAGGUCAUUGCUGCCUUUCUGGUCAAGUGCAUUACCAACACUACCUGUAACUGCACCUCCACGAAAAGAAACAUCAAACACUGAUGAUGUGCCAGAAGGUCGUACUCGACAACAUAGAUCUUCAAGAAUGGAUCCAAGAAAAAUUCUCCUCAUUAUAGCAAUCAUGGCUUGCAUGGCAACAAUGGGCAUCCUGUACUAUAGAAUUGCACAGAAUGGUUUAGAGGAGCUCCCUGAAGAUGAGCAGCAGUGACUCACCUUACAAGCUAUGUUGCAGCUUGAUCGGUGGUGUAUCAUUUGAAAGAUCAAAAUGUUCCUUGUCAGAUGCCAUUUUUUCCCCCUUUAGCUCUUCUUGGUUGGGGAUUUCGUGGCAACUCUUGAAUUCAAUUUGUGGAAAUAGCAAUGGUUGGUUGUUCAGUCAGUUAAAGAGAACUCACAGGACAGAAUUAUUGUGUCUUUUAUUGCUGAUCUUCUUACGUCUUAUAACAUCAUCAUCUUUACUUUAUUCUUAAUUUUCCAUUUAAUCUAAAAGAUGGUGACUCCAGUUCAUUUCAGUAUGUGACUAUCUCUUUGCUUCUCAA